ACAAUAUCCAGCUCAGAUUUUAGCCCCUGCAACGCGCACACGGUUAUUACCAUGAUCGGCCACUUCGUUUCCUUUAAAUCCAACAACUGUCUACCGGUUAAUCUUGUGCGCGUCAACACCGGAUACUUGCUUCCCCCAUCGUUCGUUCAUUCGUUUACUCUUCUUUUUCCCCGUAUUUGCUAGAUUGCGCAGGAGAGCCAACAGCGCACCCUUAGCAAAGUACAGGCACCUGAAAACACAGAAGAAGAAAGGGGAACUGGAGCAUCUUAGCCAACCGUCAUUGUAGGCUGGAUUCCUCUCUUUUUGUUUUCUAAGCAUUCCGAGAUAUAUUUACGCGGUUUAUUAUUAGACUCUAUUUGUUGAAAACUCUUCCGAUCCUUCAAUGGCCGCUCCACCUGCAAGGGCACGAGCAGAUUAUGAUUACCUCAUAAAGCUCCUUUUGAUUGGCGAUAGCGGUGUGGGAAAGAGUUGCCUUCUUUUACGAUUUUCGGAUGGUUCUUUUACUACAAGUUUUAUCACUACAAUCGGUAUCGAUUUUAAGAUAAGAACAAUUGAACUUGAUGGGAAACGGAUCAAACUCCAAAUCUGGGAUACAGCUGGCCAAGAACGAUUCCGAACAAUCACUACCGCUUACUAUAGAGGAGCCAUGGGAAUUUUGUUGGUGUAUGAUGUUACAGACGAAUCAUCUUUCAACAACAUAAGAAACUGGAUUCGCAACAUCGAACAACAUGCAUCUGAUAAUGUGAACAAGAUCCUUGUUGGGAAUAAAGCUGAUAUGGAUGAAAGCAAGAGGGCUGUACCUACCUCAAAGGGCCAAGCACUAGCAGAUGAGUAUGGCAUUAAAUUUUUCGAAACUAGUGCGAAAACCAACCUAAAUGUGGAGCAAGUUUUCUUUUCAGUAGCAACAGAUAUCAAGCAAAGACUCGCAGACACUGAUUCUAAACCUGAGCCAUCAACAAUCAAGAUUAAUAAACCAGAGGGUGGAGGUGCAAACAGUCAAUCUGAACAGAAGUCAGCAUGCUGCGGUUAGGGUUAUUGUCAGUGUUGCCCAGUUUGAACUGAACUGAUUUAGUCAUUGAAUUUUAUUUCUGGUAGUGUGAAAAUCUAUGUCGUUUACACCAUUGUUCCAUAAAUGAAACGGUCUUUUGUUUUUUUUUUUCAUGAUGUGACAUUGACUUUAAUUUUUGUAAUUAAUUUUCUUCUCUGCACGUGGAUAAACAACAUUAACCUUGUAAAUUAGUAAUAGAUUUUCUUGAAUUA